UAGAUGACAGUUUCCGUUGGUGAGGUAGGAUCAGGGAUAGCUAUCACUCCUAUCACUUACACAGGCUUGACACAGUGUGUAGGCUCGGAACCGAACAGAUCGGGAAUAAGCAAGUUUGUUAGACAAACGUCUCAAAGGUUUUCCCCGCGAAGUUGGACAGGUCCUGCUUCCCCGUCAUGAUGAGAGUUCGCAAAAGGAAGGAAAUGUUGUGGCUGAGCGUCCCGCUGAUGACUGUCGUGGGGACUGUUCUCGUGCUGGUGGCACCGGGCAGGCAGGAAUAUCCUACGGGAGGAGGCGCACUGCGGCCCGACAAAGGUACUAAUGUCGCCCACACCGGACACGACCAAAUAUCACGGCGGUUACUGCAGUUUGUGACCGAUCACAUUCAUUCGACGGGGGAGCCCGACCUCCAGUAUCUGGACGGGGAGAUCCCGAACUGCACCCUGGCCUCCAUCGAGCAGUUCCCGCCGGACCCCAUGCCCGCCUCGGUACGGAACCAGGGAGGAGUUCUCCUGCAUGUUCUCGUGGCCGUGUACAUGUUCUCCGCUAUCGCUAUCGUGUGUGAUGAUUACUUCGUCCCGUCACUCGAGACCACAAGCACAAGACUGGGCCUGUCCCACAGCGUGGCGGGAGCCACCUUCAUGGCGGUGGGAAGUUCCGCUCCGGAACUGUUCAUAGCCAUGUUAGGGGUGUUCGUGACGAAGAAUGACGUCGGUGUUGAAACAGUAGUGGGGUCCGCCAUCUUUAACGUGCUCGUCAUCACCGGGCUGACGGCUCUCUGCAGUUCUAAGCUGCUGAGUCUGUCCUGGUGGCCGCUGUUCCGGGAUUCCUUCUUCUACCUGAUCAGCAUCGUCACGCUGGUGCUCAUCAUUUACGACGGGAAGGUCUACUCGUACGAGGCGAUGGUUCUCCUCGGCAUCUACUGCCUGUAUAUCUUCAUCAUGUACCUGGACCCAAGACUCAGCAAGUGGGCGACAGAGAAGGUGAAGAACUGGCACCUUAGCCGGGAGUCCUCCGCCCUUCUGGCCAUCAAGCACAGCGCCAACACCAACGCGGACAGCUACCAGACUCUGGAAAAUGAGGGCGACACUCCAGCUGAGGCGGACGGCAAUGUCAAGGUCAACAAAGAUGGCGGCAACGAAAAGAGAGAUCCUGAGAAAGCACCUCCCACGGACCCAGAGAAGCCAGCCCCUGCCCCUGACGCCCAGCCCGCAGCAGCCGACGCCGUGCCGAAGAGAUCUCUCCUGACAGUACCGGAAGGGAAGCGCAAGAUCGCCUUCUUCCUGAACUUCCCCAUCCACGCGGUGCUGUACGUCACCAUCCCGGACUGCCACAGCGACGGCACCAAGCACCGCUACCUCAUGACGUUCUUCAUGACGACUCUGUGGAUCGCCGUCUUCACAUACGUGCUGGUCUGGAUGUCAACCAUCAUCGGCUUCACCAUCGGGAUACCUGACGAGGUGAUGGGCCUGACGAUCCUGGCUAUCGGCACCAGCAUCCCGGACGCGCUGUCCAGUGUGCUGGUCUCGUCUUCAGGUCUUGGCGACAUGGCGGUCUCCAACUCCCUCGGCAGCAACAUCUUCGACAUCCUGGUGUGCUUGGGUCUGCCGUGGCUCUUCAAGUCCGCAGGCGGGUUCGCCGUGCACAUCUACAGCGAGAGCAUCAUCUACUCCACUGUGACCCUCAUCAGCACCGUGUUCUUCCUGGCCGUGGAUGUGCACCUGAACGGCUGGAAGCUUACCAAGACGUUAGGCGUGACGUGUCUGAUGACGUACGUCUUCGUCAUCACCCUGGCCAUCGUGUACGAGCUCAGCAUCUUCACGUCACACAUGCCCAUCUGUCCUCUGGACGCAGACAUGUAGAUACGACUGGAUGACAAGGUUCUUCCCUAAUCAACUUUAAGAUAUUUACAACAACAGCCAAAGUUUCGCUGUCCGCUUGAUGCCUACAUGUAAAUAUGACUGGGUAACACUGUUCUCUAUUCACAUUUAAGAUAGUUAACGUUAUAACAAUGACAUGCGUUUCGCUGUCCUCUUAAUGCCGACAUCUGUUCUUGUAAAUAUGACUGGAUCGCAAGAUUGUCUUUCGAUGGACUUCCGAUGGACAAACAUCACAAGGGUCUCUAUUCACCUUAAAGAUAAUUUUAACAACGGCCAAAGUUCUCUUUGAUGUUGACGUGUGAUCUUGUAAAUAAGACUUGAUAACGAGAUGCUUUGCGCGAAGUAGCAGUUACCUAAAGCAUCUGGAUAUGAUCCUGGAAACAGACGUUUAGGGUAGAAUCCACUAGUGACAUUGAGCAGAUCUGGAUAACAAGCUUUAGGUUCUGUAUUCACCUUUAAGAUAUCUGUAACAACAGCCAACGUUUCGUUGUUCUCUUGAUGCCGACAUUUGAUCUUGUAAAUAUGACGGAAUAACAAGGUUCUCUUCCCAAGGAUGAACAUCACAAGGUUCUCUAUUCAUGACCUUUAAGAUAGUUAUAACAACAGCCAAAGUUUCGCUGCUCUUUGAUGCCGCAUCUGUUCUUGUAAAUAUGACUGGAUAGCAAGAUUGUCUUGCGAUGGACGAUGGACUUCCGAUGGACAAACAUCACAAGGUUAUCUAUUCACCUUUAAAUUUAUAACAACAGCCAACGUUUCUCUGUCCUCUUGUGGCAGACAUCUGCUCUUGUAAAUAUGACUGGAUAGCAAGAUGCUUUGCGCGAAGUAGCAGUUACCUAAAGCAUCUGGAUAUGAUCCUGGAAACAGACGUUUAGGGUAGAAUCCACUAGAGUGACAUUUAGCAGAUCUGGAUAAGAAGCUUCUAUAUACACCUUUAAAAUAGUUAUAACUACAUUGACAUGGAGCAGAACUUGUUGAAGAACAGGCUAUAUACCCUAACUACGAAUUGCUUGUCUGUUAGACAAUCUAUUAUCCAGACAUUUACACAUCUGAUGAAAUUGUUGACGGAUGUAAAUAUGAUACGAUUCAGCUAUACAGUAUGAGAAAGUUAAAUAUUUCAGGUGGUCAAGAUUCAAAUGUAUAUUGUAGAAUUUGUGGAGUAUAUCAUGUAAUUGAUCUUUCUCUAUAAAGAAACUUUUCAAUGUCUAUUCUUAAACAAAGUUGAAAAAUGUUCGAAUGUCUUUGACAAGGAAUGAGCUAUGAAUUUCGCGGUUCAACUUCGUUUUAGAACAAUUUUACAACACAAAUGAACCUUCAAACCCUCCAUAUUUAAUAUAGCAAAGUCUAGAUGCUGCUAGGAACCCGAGUGCACAUGGGAAACAAAGUCAUGGCGCAAAUUCGUGUUUGUACAGACGUGUAUAAUGUCUAAUUAAGCUUGUUGCACAAAAGAGAAGUAUGUACAGAAUGUAGUAUAUGAUGAAGCAAUGCCGACUGUACAUUAGGAUCCGUUGUUCGAUAGUCUAGAUGUAUUCUAGUAUUAAACAUGGCGCCCUAUGAAAACUUGCUGGCCAUCAAACAAAGAUGUAAGUAACGUUAUGCUAUAAUGGUAAUGCAAACAUUUUGUGUCAUCUAAAUAGACAUUGCCUUUCUCUGCCUACUGUAGCCAAACUACUGAAAUAGUAUUGCACGAUGUUGCAAUGCACAUACGAAUACAUGGAAUGGUUCCACAUAGUAUGAGAAAUAUUAUCACUAGUCGAUGUAACAAAACUAUAGUAAAUGCUAUCAAUAAAUUUACUCAUCUUGUCCUGAUGAACAAUUCUUAGUUUUAUUUCGUCACUGUAUUAUCUUGAUGCUCUUGGUUGUUAGGAUACUGCUACUGAUCAGAACGACUUAGAAAUAUGUGUAGAGAUGGUGAGUUAGAAAGCACGCCAUUUCUAAUCGUCUCCAGAUUUCUCGAAUAAACCCACCUAAAACUGCGAGACUGUUG